AGCCCCGGGGCGCGCGGCAGAGCCCGCGGGUUGGGCUGAGCGGAGCUCGUGGGUCCGCACCUCCCCGAGCGCCUGGACUGCGCGGCCUCGUCGGCGGCCCGGCUGCAGGGCACGGCGGCGGCAGACACAUUAGCCGGCGGCCCGCAGUCCCCGAGUGGCUGCCGCCGCAGGUGUUGGCGUCCGCGCCACCGGCCCAGAGCCGCGACAGGUGCCCGCGGGUUCUCUGGGGACGGCGCUGCGCCGCGGGCACCUCCCGCCCGUCCUGUCCCGCGGCCCCAGCGCGGCCCGCCGCGCGCCGUCGGGGGAGCCUCAGCCCCGGGCCGCGGCGAAGCGGAUGCGCGUCGGGUGAGCGCGGCGUCCCGCCCGCCAUGGCCGCGCGCCCCGGGCCGCUGUGGCUCCUGGGGCUGGCACUGUGCGCGCUGAGCGGCGGCGGCCCCGGCCCGCGCCCCCCAACCGGCGGCCCGCCCCGCCGCCUGGGCCCCCGCGAGCGCCGCGACCUGCAGCGCGAGAUCCUGGCGGUGCUCGGGCUGCCCGGGCGCCCCCGGCCCCGCGCGCCUCCCGCCGCCGCCCGGCUGCCCGCGUCCGCGCCGCUCUUCAUGCUGGACCUCUACCACGCCAUGGCCGGCGACGACGACGAGGACGGGGCCCCUCGCGAGCGGCGCCUGGGCCGCGCCGACCUGGUCAUGAGCUUCGUCAACAUGGUGGAGCUCGACCGCUCCCUGGGCCACCAGGAGCCCCCCUGGAAGGAGUUCCGCUUUGACCUGACCCAGAUCCCGGCGGGGGAGGCGGUCACAGCUGCCGAGUUCCGGAUUUACAAGCUGCCCAGCACCCACCUGCUCAACAGGACCCUCCACGUCAGCAUGUUCGAGGUGGUCAGAGAGCGGGCCAACAGGGAGUCUGACUUGUUCUUUUUGGAUCUUCAGACGCUCCGAGCUGAGGACGAGGGCUGGCUGGUGCUGGACGUGACAGCAGCCAGUGACCACGGGUUGUUGAACCGUAGCAAGGACCUGGGACUCCGCCUCUACGUGGAAACGGAGGACGGGCACAGCGUGGAUCCUGGCCUGGCCGGUCUGCUGGGGCGACGGGCACCGCGCUCCCAACAGCCCUUCAUGGUCACGUUUUUCAGGGCGAGCCCCCGCCCCGUCCGGGCCCCUCGGGCGGUGAGGCCCCUGCGGAGGCGGCUGCUGAAGACGACCAACGAGCUGCCGCCGCCCAACAAGCUCCCGGGGAUCCUCGAUGGCGCCCACGGCUCCCACGGUCGGCAGGUGUGCCGUCGGCACGAGCUCUAUGUCAGCUUCCAGGACCUCGGCUGGCUGGAUUGGGUCAUCGCCCCCCAAGGCUACUCAGCCUAUUACUGUGAGGGGGAGUGCUCCUUCCCGCUGGACUCCUGCAUGAACGCCACCAACCACGCCAUCGUGCAGUCCCUGGUGCACCUGAUGAAGCCAGACGCCGUGCCCAAGGCGUGCUGCGCGCCCACCAAGCUGAGCGCCACCUCCGUGCUCUACUAUGACAGCAGCAACAACGUCAUCCUGCGCAAACACCGCAACAUGGUGGUCAAGGCCUGCGGCUGCCACUGAGGCCCCGCCGGCCGCUGCAGCGCCUCCCGCCGGGGUCAGCCCCGCGCCAGAGGCUGAGGCCCUCAAACCCAGCCAGAGCACAGACAGGACUGGCACGGAGAGUCCUCAGAUCGACAUGUCCAUGCCCCUUCCUCCUUCCUGCCAGGGCUGGUCCUUCCAGGCCCCGCCGCCCCUCCCCUGCCUGAGGUUGUGAUAGAUUCUGGCAUUUAGUUCUGGUGGGCGGAGUCAUCAGGCAGGGUUCUGCCCCAGCCAUGUCCCGGGGUCAGCACAAAAGUGCUAUCUGAGGACCUGCCCUUGCUCAUUGCUGGCCUGGGCUGUGGGCAGAUGUGCAAUGACCUGAGAGGCACCUGGAGCCGAAGGUGGCCAGCUCAGGUCCUCCAGUCUCCAUUGCAGGGUUUGGGGGUGUGUAGACAGGGUUUGGCCCACCUCCAGUUGCCUACCCUUCCCAGGGGGAAAAGUAGGCAUUUCUGGGUACUUGUUAAAGAGCAUGGACUUGGCUUGCGUGCUCUAUAUUUUCAGAUCUGAAUUACCAAACUGCUGGCCAUAGGGAGGCAUGUGGGGCAACUCCAGAAAGAGCUGAACGAGCAGCAUGGUGAAGGGCUAAGGCCAUGGCAUUUCUCUUCUGUCUUCCUGCCCUAGAUCUGUCUGUACUUUCUCAGCAUGCAGCGCAUUGAAAUUUUUCCUUUGGAGAAACAAAAAAUCUUGGGGUUUCACUGACCCACUGUCUGUCAUCGUGUUGAACGUUGGGAGUUCAGCUCCGUGGGAAGGUAUCUUUUUACUGAGCCAAGCGCACAUCUGUAGCCCAGGAUGACAGUGCCCAGCACAGAUGACAUAACGUGCCUUUCUCUUCUGCAUGACAGGCAUCAAUAAUCAACCUUGAUGCUGUUUUCUACCAAAUGUGGAUAGAGUUUCAAGUGAUCAGCACAGAACUCCAGGCAGCCGCUUCCAGCACAUUAGAGUUGGCAUGUGAAUUGAAACUGUGCCGUCUCCUGCUAAGGAGCAAUCUGUUCCAUCCAGAGCCAUGUGUCUGCAGCACCGGGCAGCCUGUGGCCAGGUGUGGGGCCAGGGUAGGGACUUGUCAGCACCCGUUGUGUCCAUAAGUUGUCAAAACACAGGCUGGUCACCAAAGUCUGCGUCACCCUGUCUGCUCAGGAGCCCCGUCCUGUUUCUUGGGGCCUGUGAGCCCAAGAAAAGGGCCCUGUCCCAGGGGAGUGACAGGCAGUAAUUAGGGUGAGCUGGGUGGGAAGGUUCCCGGAAACCACUGUUCUCCUUGGAGCAGCCGAGGCAGUGGGAGUGUUGAUUUGAUUUCUGACUUGCGAACCCUGUAAUUUACCUGCUGGAGCAGACAGUCCAGCUGCCUGAACCCUGAAAUACUGUGUCGUUAAUAGCAGAUCCUGGGCCCACCCCAACCCACAGGCACGGCCCACAGAGGCAGAACGACCCGUGUGCCCAAGGACAGGCACCCUGGGAUCAUACUCUGCACCCUGAGGGCAGGCCCCGGGAGAGCAGGUCUGGGGCAGGGGUGGAGGCUGGGCCAGGCUGCAGGGCAGCAGCCCGGACCCCUGGACUGGGAGGGAUUCCGGGAGUGAGUGCUGAGGAAGAGGCCCUCUGAGGGGCACAGACUCUCUUGAAGCUAUUGAGCUCCCCAUCAGUCAAUGUAGGGACCUGAGCUUUGGCCUAGCUGUUAGGAGACCUGACUUGUGGGUGCUUCCUCUUCUGGGCCAUUUCCCAUCUUUAACAUGAGAGGGCCUUCAGUCAUGGAAUCCGUGUCUGAGUGCUGAGCCCAGAUACAGCCUCAUAACCUGAAACUGGAGCUGGUGGCCAUCACAAAUCCGAGCUAUGAACCAGGUGGCUGUCACGAAUUGGUACAUAACAUGGAACCUAUUUGCUAUUCUAGUCCUUGUGUAAAGGUUCUCUCUUCUCAACAUCAAGGUUUGUUUUUUAGGUAACUGUAAAUUCUAAAAUAGCCAAUUAUUUUGGCAACUACUUUUAAAAAAAUAUAUAUAUUUUAUUGAUUUUUUACAGAGAGGAAGGGAGAGGGAUAGUUAGAAACAUCGAUGAGAGAGGAACAUCGAUCAGCUGCCUCCUGCACACUCCCCAGUGGGGAUGUGCCCACGACUAAGGUACAUGCCCUUGACUGGAACCGAACCUGGGACCGUUGAGUCCGGAGGCCGAUGCUCUAUCCACUGAGCCAAACUGGUUAGGGCUGGCAACUACUUUUUUACUUCCCCUGGUAUCUUUAGUGCCUGGCAGUGGCCUGGUGUGGGUAGGGGUGAAAUAGAAAUGCCUGUCAAAUGACCCAAAGGUUUGUAGAUACAGUAUCCCUUCCCUAUCAACCAAGCUGUGCACAGCAGGAAUGAAUAGGAGUUGCAAUCCGUUUUCAAGCAGAACAAUUGAAAAACAGUAAGUCACUGCUUACCCACCUGGCCAUCAGACUUCCAGCAACUUCUGAGACCUAGUCACCAAAUGAAAUCAAAUAGAAAAAGCCCCAAGCAGUGAAAUAAUUGUGGACACAAGCCCAUGCAUUUUACUCCAUGAGUUAUCUGUUUGCUGAGCCGAGCGUGGCAGCUGCAGUGGGUGGCUCAGGCUGGCAGGAACACCGCCCCAAUGCCACUGCUUCCCUUUCUCUUGCUCAGGGCAUGGCUUGUUUAUCUGGUCACACCAGACCAGAAGGAUAGAUAAGGGUGGUCCAUGCAUACCCACCGACAGCAAUGAGAAACGAGAGACAGUGGCAGGAAGGGGGGACGCAUGGAGACGCAGGCUAAGGAGGAACGCAGGCAGCCUUGGUGUUCCCAGUGCAGACGUGGCCUUGAGACCAAGUGGUUGCAAGGUUAGUGCUCACUGUCUUCUAACUAAGGCAGGGAAGUCACAUGUUCUGGAAAAAUCCCUAGGACAUAGGGAAGAGCAGCAUAGCAAGAGUAUAGGUUUUGGGAACCAAAUAGAUGCGAAUCCUGGUUCUUCCACCUCUCUACAGCAGGAUAUUGGCUUUUCCUUCCCAGGCUGUGACAAGGAUCAGAUAUGUCCAUAAACAUUUAGGACAAUGUCUGGCCUAUCAAUGCUUAACAACUGGGACCUGCUGAUGUUAUUACAAAUGAACCUGCUAGUCUUGAGCCCCUUCCAUGCUUGCCCACUAAGCCUCCUCCCAGAAUGUGUGCCAAGGGUGAUAGUGUAUUUACUUCAGAGCUGGGUUUUUCCAUUCAAAAAACUACAUACUGCAAUACUUUGAGGGCAGGACUUGAAUUCUAACCUGCUUGGAAGGCCCGAGGCAAGUGCUGAGUUUUGCUGGCAAUGGCCAGGCUGUGAAGCUUGGCUGUGUUCCCUGACACAGGGAGCCCACUGUCCUGUAGAAGGUGCUCAGCACCCACCAAUUGCCCCUGAGCAUUUGAAAGGGAUGGUCCAUCCCAGGUUUUUCUGCUUCUGCAAGGGCCUUGUGCAAGCACUUGACCUUUAAAAAUUUUUUUUUCAUUUACUACCCACAAAAUGUCGUUUUGGAGGGAAGUUUAAAUAAAAACAAAAAAUACAAUGCAAAUCACCAUAGUCCUACGACUCAGAUAAAUACACUAUUAAUAUUUUGUGAAUUAAUUUCUAGUUUUCCCCCCUUAGGAUAUACAUGUAAAUAUAGAUGUUUACAUAUUAUAGGUAGGUAUUUUUAAAAAAUUGGGUAUUUUUACAAAGUACUAUAUUAAAGUACUUUGAGAUAUGCUUUCCCCACUUUCUUAUACGAUGAAAAUUUCCCUGUUAAUAAAUAUUUUUUAAAAACA